UUUGUCGGGCCUGUUUAGGUGAUAUCGUGCGAUUGACUGAGACCUGAAUUAAUUCAUAAGUGGGGUGUUGAUUAAUGAUUCUAAAAAAAACUCAAAUGAAAAACAUGUCAUGUUUAAAUACUUUAAUCCUCACGCGAACGGAAAAGGUGUAAGAAUGCAAGGUUCAAGUAGAACUCCGCGACGAGUUGGCGGCGAUCACGACAGUGAAUCGUCGAAUACGGAGGCAGAAAACGAUGGGAAGGAAAGAGAACGGAAAAUAUCCUUGACGGAUCAGGGGAAAGCAGCCAAGCUACUGCGGCAGAGGUUAGCUUUGGCGUUAGCGACCAACACAAAAGUGAAAUCGGAUUCAAGUAAUAGCGAGUCUGAUCCAGAAAUAACUGGUAAAGAUUUGAAAGCGAGAAGGGAAAGAAAGACGGUUAUUAUUCCGCAGAAGAACUCCCAAGGUCCUCAAGAAACCAUGAUAAAGCCACCUCGAGAACCACAAAUGACAGAUGGCGACGGUAUUCCACAAAAUGGCGUUAAAAAUCAAAAUUAUUCAGCUACGAAUUUCUCCCUGAAAAGUGGCGUUCCAUUUGAAAACAAUGCACAAGUAAAAACGUUGAUGGCGAAUUUACCACUUCCAAGUCGAAAGGGAAGAGAGGGAAUUUCUUCUAGGUUUGCAUCUUCGACAAGCAAAAAAGAUGUUUCCGAGGAUGUAAUUAACAAGAGACAGUCACGAGUUCCACCGAACAUUAAUGGCAACGUUACGAAAAAUUCCGAAGACAGCAGCUUUCCAGCCCAUAACAGUUUCGAUGUCCUCUCUGUUAUCGAGGGUGAAUUAAUCCAACUGAAGGCAGAUAUGCAUGAAACGACGGAAGACUUUCAAGAAAUGAACGCAUCAACUCUAAAACUGAAAAACAAACUUGAGGAAUUAAGGGAACUAAGAACAAAUUUUGUCAUGUAGCAGUUUUCAAUUUAAACCCUGUAAUAAAUAUCUUACUGCGAAUGCAAUUCGGAUAUGCAGGUAAGCAGUAUUAGGACUGAGUAUCUUCAAAUGCUACCAUACCACUUCCUUAUCAUGAUAUCAAGUUUACGAAUAAAACGGUUUUUUAGCUUUGGAAUGAUUUGCACCAUCAUGAUGUGGUGAAUGAGAUGGUCUCAUUUCAGCAGACUCAAACCCUUCCCAAAGAAAACUGCAUUCCAUGAUAAAGAGAGGCCAUCAUCAAAUGAGACAAAUGAGCCUAGAGCUUCCCAGGGAAGACUUCCUUAUAUAGCGCGCCUUCGUGUUUAAUAAUGAUAGCUUAAACAUGAAUACGCAUCCUAUUAUUCGGUAUGUAUCUUUUACC